AUGGAAAAGGUUUUGAGGUUCGGUUGCAAGGGCAAGCUGAGCCCUCGGUUUAUUGGACCUUACCACAUUUUAAAACGUAUGGGCCCUAUCGCUUAUCAGUUGGAGUUACCUCCAAAGUUGGACCGCAUUCAUGAUGUGUUCCAUGUCUCUAUGUUAAAGUGUUACCGCUCUGAUCCUACUCAUAUUGUCCCUGUUGAGGAGAUUGACGUUAGGCUAGACUUGACCUUUGAGGAGGAGCCUGUCCAGAUUCUAGAUCGUGAAGUAAAGGUUCUGAGGAGGAAUUCUAUUCUUUUGGUGAAGAUUCUAUGGCGUAAUCAUAGCACUGAGGAGGCCACGUGGGAGCCUGAGGAUGCGAUAGGUUAG